AUGGAGGGCCCCGCGAGCAGCGGCUCCCUGCGGGGCGAGAUCAGCUUCUGGGCCGAUCGAACACCAGUUCAUGAAGCAGCCAGGCGGGGAGAAAUCCUGCAGCUGCAGCAGCUGAUAGAAAGUGGAGCCUGCGUCAAUGCGGUCACCUAUGACUCUAUCACCCCGUUGCACGAGGCGAGCCUGCGAGGGCAAACGCAGUGUGUCAAGCUCCUGCUGGCUGCAGGGGCCCAGGUGGAUGCCAGGAAUAUCGAUGGCAGCACUCCGCUCUGCGAUGCCUGUGCCUCGGGUAGCAUAGAGUGUGUGAAAGUGCUGCUGUCCCACGGGGCCAAGGUGAACCCUCCCCUUUACACAGCGUCUCCUCUCCACGAAGCCUGCAUGAAUGGUAGCUCAGAGUGCGUGCAACUCCUCAUCGACGUCGGUGCGAACUUGGAGGCUCACGACUGCCAUUUUGGGACUCCCCUACACGUGGCCUGUGCCAGGGAGCAUCUGGACUGUGCAAAGUUGUUGCUCAAGGCAGGGGCAAAUGUGAAUGCUGCUAAACUUCACGAGACAGCCCUCCACCACGCAGCAAAAGUGAAAAACGUAGAUCUGGUGGAGAUGCUGAUUGAAUUUGGAGGAAACAUUUAUGCAAGGGACAACCGAGGAAAGAAGCCGUCGGAUUACACCUGGAGCAGCAGUCCCACAGCAAAGUGCUUCGAGUUCUACGAAAAAACGCCUCUGAGUUUGUCGCAGCUCUGCAGAGUUACAGUGAGGAAAGCCGCCGGGCAGAGAGCACUGGAGAAAAUUGCCAAGCUAAAUAUUCCUCCGCGAUUAAUCCAGUACCUGUCCUACAACUGACAGGGACGAAGGUGGCCGGGAAGGAUGGUAUCUUUAGCUCCCACAGUAUGAAGUAUCUGUCUCUUUCUCUUCUACCUCCCCCCCAAGAAACUAAUUUUAAUUUAAGCAAACUGGUGUAAAUAGUAUUUACGAGGCAGCACUUCACAGCCCUUCCUCUUCUCCGUGGGCAAAGACAGGCUCAGGCAAGGUGUAGCACUGGCUUGAAGUUGUCGUCUCCUGGGGUGAUCUGUUAGACAGUCACUAUGUUCGAGG